CAAAAAAAGUGACGCAUGUUAUUUUUGGGUUUUGCGUCCAUUAAAGGUGUCGACCGUGCCUUAUAAGAGAUUUGAAAUCAAUCGUGCUUAAUUACAGCAACUCUGUGCAAAGAAACAGAGUAAUUAUAGCGCGAGGGCUUAAAAAGAGAGUUCAUGGAUCGCAUAAAUGGAAUUCUAUUUUUAGGGUAUAGUGCCUGGGACUUGUCUUCUCUUCUUCUCGGCCAUUACUGAAUUUUUUUUUUAGGGUACACUGAGUGUGACCAUUAACAGAUAAAGCCUCCCUCGCAUAUCGUCUUCUUCUAGUCCAUUAAUGGAAUGCAAGGAUUUCCCAACGUGAAAGGUGCAGAUUCAAUCCGGAGAGCUUGGAGUGCGUUCUAUAAAGCCCGGAUUGCAUAUUGUUCCCCGUUCCGUGCAACAUUUCCGAAAGGAAAUUGGGGCAACUUUGACAAGUCUGGAAUUGUAUCUCUAGUGCGUACAACUCUGCGAAAGAGAGAAAACCUACCUAUCUACUUCCCAUAUAAGGCUGGAUUUUAGAGGUUUGAGAUCAUAACCAGAGCACGGGUCAGUCACCGAUUAAGCUUUUGAGAUUUCAGAUGGGUAGAGAAAGAGUUGUCCUGAAGAGAAUAGAGAAAGCUACGGCCAGGCAUGUCACUUUCUCUAAGCGGAGGAGUGGUUUGAUGAAAAAAGCGCAGGAGCUUUCUGUUCUGUGCGACGCGGAUGUCGGGCUUAUUGUUUUUUCUGCAACGGGGAAGCUCUUCGAGUACUCCAAUGCCGGCAUGAAGAUGAUCUUGAAGAAGUAUUCUGAAAGCUUCACUGGAUAUUUAAAUAAUGAACAAUUAAAUACAGAGGAUGAUAAUGAAGAUAUGAAAAGGAUGAAACAAGAAAUGGAAAACAUCAACUAUACUCUAAGACAUAUGCAAGGAGAGGACCUUCAAGGGCUAACGAUAAAAGAGUUGCAAAAAUUGGAAAAAAAGUUGGAAGUUGGCCAGAGACAAAUUCGAUUAACCAAGGCAAACCGAUUUGAGGAGGAGAAUGCUAGACUUCGCCUGGAGUGCUCCAAUGUGGAGAAUAACAACGCGCUGCAAGUCUUGUUGAUUGAGCCUUUGGAAACUCGUGAUCAUCCUCAGUCAUCUGAAAGUACACAUAAUUCUUCUACUUCCACGAGCCAACAUAAAACGAGCAUUCAACAAGACGAGGCUUCAGACAUUUCCUUGCAAUUGGGGUUGUCCAUUUGAUACUUGUUAUCCUAUUACGCAACAAAUUUGAUAGUAUUUUGAAUGUUUAAACUUAAUAUCUUUCCAGGAAAACUUUGAUUCUAUUCUUUCAUUGAAAUACAGCAUGUAUAGCAGACUAUAUCGACGCUUCUGAUUCGAUCAUUCCUUGCUGAUUAAUAAUUGAUAGAUUCCUUAGAACUUAUCGAUGCGUGUGAAGCAAGUCAAAUUCUUGGCUGAAAAAUGAUGAUAGAUUCUUAAAAACUAGGUUUUGCAUCAACAGUUACCAAGUUGUGAAUUUUUGGUUAAUGUUUAUCAUAAAUCUGAUUUUAAAAAAGCUUACGUUCAAAUUGAGGAUCAUGCUAAUUUAACCUUUCAAACAACAUGACUUUCUGAAACCACCAACGAUAGACUUUUGUAACAAGUCUAACAAUCAGAGUGAAUUUUAAGGACCUUAUGAUCUGAAUUAUGACAA